GGAGCUGAGAAGGGCACAGCCCCAGGGCUGAGGGCAGACUAAAGCCGAGCCCAGCGGACUCCAGCAGAGCUGAGCUGAGUGCGGCGAACGGGGGAACCAGCGCCCAAGGGGGGCGACCGGAGCAGCCACGCCAUCCCGAGCGCCCAUCGGACAUCGCCCACACCGGUUCGCGAUCUUGCGGGGCGCUCCUGCCACCUUCCCUUCCCUCUUCGCGUCCCUGCCCACAGCCGGGCAAGCCAGCUGGCACCGAUCGAUCGCUGCCCCGUGGAACCCCGAGGUCAUCGCGGCCAGUGUGCGGCUCUGCUCCGUUGGGCUUGCGCGCUGCUUCCACACCAUCCUCCUCCUUUCCAGUCGGGCGCCUUGGCACCCAAGGACCGUUGCCUGAUCGAGGCCCCGCUGUACUUUUUUUUUUUUUUUGCCCCUCAUCUCCUCCUCUAGCAACUCCCAACUCCGAUCCCGCGCCCCUGCCUCCCUCGGCCCGCUCGGGUGCGUUGCUUCCUAGAUUCCCGACCCCUCCUCCACCCUCCCCAGCCGCCGUGUGAUAGCGUCCUAAAGGUGGGAGCGCGUCUGUGCACCCCGGCUCGCACCAUGGCACGGGUCUCCUUGCCCGCGCUUCUUUGCACCCUCGCUGUGCUGAGCGCCACUCUCCUGGCUGCCGAGCUCAAGUCGAAAAGUUGCUCAGAAGUGCGACGUCUCUACGUGGCCAAGGGCUUCAACAAGAACGAUGCCCCCCUCCACGAGAUCAACGGUGAUCAUCUGAAGAUCUGUCCCCAGGGCUAUACCUGUUGCUCUCAAGAGAUGGAGGAGAAGUACAGCCUGCAAAGUAAAGACGAUUUCAAAAGUGUGGUCAGUGAGCAGUGCAACCAUUUGCAGGCUAUCUUUGCUUCCCGGUACAAGAAGUUUGAUGAAUUUUUCAAAGAACUCCUUGAAAAUGCAGAGAAAUCUCUGAAUGAUAUGUUUGUGAAGACCUAUGGCCACUUAUACACGCAGAAUGCAGAGCUCUUUAAAGAUCUGUUCGUGGAGUUGAAGCGUUACUACGUGGCGGGGAACGUGAACCUGGAGGAAAUGCUCAAUGACUUCUGGGCUCGCCUUCUGGAGCGCAUGUUCCGCCUGGUGAAUUCUCAAUACCACUUCACCGAUGAGUAUCUGGAAUGUGUGAGCAAGUACACGGAGCAGCUGAAGCCCUUUGGGGAUGUCCCCCGGAAAUUAAAGCUUCAGGUCACUCGUGCUUUCGUAGCAGCCCGUACUUUUGCUCAAGGCUUAGCUGUGGCGAGAGAUGUCGUGGGCAAAGUCUCCGUGGUGAACCCCACAGCCCAGUGUGCCCAGGCACUCUUGAAGAUGAUCUAUUGUUCCCACUGCCGGGGGCUCGUGACUGUGAAACCUUGUUACAACUACUGCUCGAACAUCAUGAGAGGCUGUUUGGCGAACCAAGGGGAUCUUGAUUUCGAAUGGAACAACUUCAUAGAUGCCAUGCUGAUGGUGGCAGAGAGGCUCGAGGGUCCUUUCAACAUUGAGUCGGUCAUGGAUCCUAUCGAUGUGAAGAUCUCUGAUGCGAUCAUGAACAUGCAAGACAAUAGCGUGCAAGUGUCCCAGAAGGUUUUCCAGGGCUGUGGACCCCCAAAGCCCCUCCCAGCUGGACGGAUUUCUCGUUCCAUCUCCGAAAGUGCCUUCAGUGCCCGCUUCAGACCUUAUCAUCCAGAGCAACGUCCGACCACAGCAGCUGGCACUAGUCUGGAUCGACUGGUCACUGAUGUCAAGGAGAAACUGAAACAGGCCAAGAAGUUCUGGUCAUCUCUCCCUAGCAGCGUGUGUAAUGAUGAGAGGAUGGCUGCAGGAAAUGGCAAUGAGGAUGAUUGCUGGAACGGCAAAGGAAAAAGCAGGUACCUGUUUGCAGUGACUGGAAAUGGCUUAGCCAACCAGGCUAAUAACCCGGAGGUCCAAGUGGACACCAGCAAGCCAGACAUAGUGGUCCUCCGCCAGAUCAUGGCUCUGCGGGUUAUGACCAGUAAAAUGAAGAAUGCUUACAAUGGGAAUGAUGUGGACUUCUUUGAUAUCAGUGACGAAAGCAGUGGAGAAGGAAGUGGAAGUGGGUGUGAAUACCAGCAGUGCCCUUGGGAGUUGGAGUACAAUGCCACUGACUUUGCAGGGAAGAAUGCCAAUGAUAAAGCCGACAGUGCUGGGGCCCAUGCCCGUGCCCAGCCCUACCUCCUCACUCUCUUCUGCAUCUGUUUCCUAGUUAUGCAAAGAGAGUGGAGAUAAUUCUCAAAUGCUGAGAUUUAAAAAAAAAGGGUUCAUUGUCAGAAAGUUAAAAGGCUCCAGAUAUAUCACUUUUCUACCAUCCUAGUGACUUUGCUUUUUAAAAAUGAAUGGACAACAAUGUACAGUUUUUACUACGUGGCCACUGGUUUUAAAAAAAUGCUGGCUUUUUUUCUCUUUCAUUUAAUGGGAGGGGGGACAGAGGCACUCAUACAGAAAGAUGCUCUCUGUCCCUCCAAAUCAUGUUAAAUGUGGCUAACAGUUAGGUACAGAACUGUAGUUAGUUGUGUGUUUGUGACUUUAUCACUAUUGUUUGUUUGUUUUUUUCCUCAUUUUGUUUGUGGGUGUGUUUUUUUUUCCUCCCAAUUAUGAUCUCACCUUGUUUCUUAUGAGAAAACCAGGGUCCUUUCUUGGCAUGUAACAUGUACGUAUUUCUGAAAUAUUAAAUAGCUGUACAGAAGCAGGUUUUAUUUAUCAUGUUAUCUUAUUAAAAGAAAAAGCCCAACAAGCCGUAAAAUUUCCAUUUAUCCCUGUUAUUUUACUAGCUGCCUUAUCUGCAAAGAAAUGGAGGUGAGAUGGGGUUUUUACUGUUAUUAAUUGAACACAGUAGGCACUUGGACCUUCUGAGCCACUUGUACUUACAAUCUGAACCACUUGUCAGAUUGUAGUCAAACAUCCAUACAACAAGAAUGGUAUAACUUUAUCACUGGUGACUGCAAGAGACUACAGAUGGCCCAUUUUGGUUGAGUUGGAUUGCAUAAGCUAAGAGUACAAUGUAGGUCCAUUUCUUAAAUCUGCUUAUACUGAAAGAGUACCUCCUCCGACGAAAAGAGUCUUGACAUAGACAGAAGGCAUUCGGGAUAUACCCAUUAUCACACGAUCGUGCUUGCAUUUCAGAAUGUGUUGUGUUGUUUUUAAACCAGGCUAGUUAGCCAGCCACUGUGUAUCAGUUUUCACAUCCAUGCUGCCCUGCUUUCAGUUUUUAUCCCAGUGGCAGCACUGAAUGACCAACAGUGGCAUCUGGUUCUCUGUAGCAGAGUGAGGCUGAUUUCAAACCCAGCCAUGUAAAGGAGCUAGCUAGAUGCUAGCCAGAAUUGGGGUACAGCUUUUGGGCUCAGGGAAUAGUUGUCAACUCUCGAAGCAAAGUUUCGGUCUAUUAUAUGUGCAUUUGCAUUGUUUCUAGAUCCCAGUUGUUAUUGUUGUUGUUGAUGUUGUUUUUCCUCCAAGAGAUGUGUCUGAGUCUUUUUCUUGCCCUGCCCACUCUGGUCAGUAAAGCAAAGGACUUGCAGUAAAUUGUAGGCGUGUGCUGCCUCUACCAGCCAAUCAGCUAAUUGUGGGAAGGGGAGAACAAGGUGUCCAGAUUUUUCAUUUAUUAAUGGGGGGAGGGGCAAUGGGAGGAGAUAGAGCUGAGAAGACCCAUCUUAUCCCUGACCCUUAGCCACUUGCAUGAACUGGCUGGCAAUGGCAACCGGCCCUAUCUAUUGUUCUAGGCCAAAGACUGACAAUUGCCCCUUACAACCCCUUUCUUGGUGUCCUUACCAAAAGACAGCUCACAAAACACUGAGAAUGUAACAGAUCGCUUUCAAGGAGAUUCUUCAGAAAGACUAAAAUUCUGCAAGUGUCUUCUAUUUAGGACAGCCAUGGAGAUCCCAACCAAUUUUAUAGAACCAAAAAACCCUCCAGAGAGGUUGUUUGUGUUAUUGUUCACUUUUCAGUUGUAAGAAUAAUUCUCUAUUUUUAUAUUGAAACAUAAUUACUUGAUAGCUCAGGGUCUACAUUUCAUUCAGUUUUUUUUGUUGUUGUUGUUUUGUUUUGUUUUAUUUUGUUUUUUUUUACACCAAAUUCUGCAGAAUGAUCAAAAUGGAAUCUUGGGGGCUGUUGUAAACAGAGGCUUGAUUUUAUUAGAAGUAGCCAGUUAUUUAUUAAAGCAUGAUGUUAAUAAAAUAGGCAUAUACUGGCUGGUGUGUGUAAGUGUUUUUUUGGUUUUUUUUGUUUUUUAAAGAAAAAAACAAAUCACAAAAGACAUAAAAUUGUGAAGGCACUCAUUUAUGUAUGAGGAAAAAUAGAUUAUAAGUAGCUAAGUGUGCUGAUAUUUACUAACUACCUCAGUUGUGAGGAAUUUCCCUUUUCACUUAGACUGCUAUUACUUUUUACUUGGUAGAAAUGAAUCUAGUCUCCAAAAUAUGGCUCAAAGAGUUCUCCCCAUAGAUCUUGUUAGAUUGUUUUUAAUUUAAAACCUUGAACUCUGACCAGCUGUUUUCUUUCAGUCAAGUUCUCUAAACCAAUAACAUUUUCCGAAUUAAAAAAUUCUUGAAGGUUCUUCUGGGCUCUUACUGAUUUGUUUUCUUUCUUUCUUUGCCUCCCCCUCCCCUGCCCCUCUUAUUAUUUAAAUUAUCUCUUGCUUUUGAACUUGAACUAUGAAAUAAACAAAUCAUAGAUUUUUUUCCA